UUUAUAUUUGAAUUUAAUCCAAGAAACAGUUUAGAUUAUCGAGAAUUCCUAGAGAUUCCAGCCCUGAUGUUCUUGUUGCUAGCAGGCACAAUGGCAUUAGAAAGUUCGAUGUCUUUGAACCCUGUCAGCGUCUACUUUCCACAUAUAUUAGGUGCAAUCUUUUUCUCUAUAACUUUUCUCCCUUUUAAUAUCUUCUACUAUGACGCCAGAAGGUGGUUGAUGGAUGCUUUGAAACGUAUCGUACUGGCUCCACUCUUUCGUAUCGAAUUUCGCGAUUUCUUUGUUGCAGAUGGAUUGAACAGUUUGACGUUUUCAAUGGUUAACACACAAUUACUUUGGAGACCGUUUCUACACAAUAUCGGGUGUUUUGGUGAUAAUUGUGUGUCGACCUCACAAUUCAUUUACACCCCGUUGAUAGCAAUGCUACCCCCAUUGUGGCGACUUCUUCAAUGCUUUAGGCGUUACCAUGAUACAGGUCGAGCGUACAUUCAUCUGAUAAAUGCGGGAAAAUAUUUUUCGACAAUCAUAAUGGUUUAUCUGUCAUUUCUUUGGCAUAUAAAUGAAAAGUCAAUCGGGUUAUUUGCAUCAUUUAUAGGGAUUCUAAUAAUUGCAUCAGUGUAUACAUUCUUAUGGGAUGUCCGUAUGGAUUGGUCAUUGUUUAUGUUGAAUAGUUCGAAUUUCUUGUUGCGGGAUGAAUUAGCUUUCAAGCACCAUUCGUUCUAUUAUUUCGCGAUAAUUUCAAAUCUAUUUCUCCGAUUCAGCUGGAUCUUGAAUCUCACGUUGCCUGUCGAAUAUACAGAUAAAAUAACAAUGGCUUAUAUCAUUGCUUUCGGAGAAAUAUUUCGUCGGUGGCAAUGGAUUAUUAUUCGAGUGGAAAACGAACAUAUCAAAAAUUGUGUUGAAUAUCGAGCCAUCAAAGAGAUGUCUCUCCCGUUCGAUCAUUCUUUCAAUAAGCCUUCAACCACCGGAAAAGAAACUUCAGAGUUUUCCGAAAGAAUUACAAUGGACAAUAUAACAGACGAACCCAUGGACAAAGAACCUUCGCGUAAGAAGCUCAACAGAAAUUCAUGGAAAAACAUUGACCAUACAUACCGGGAUUAUGAACCAAGAGUCGUUUGCAAUAAUGAGGAGGAAUACGAGAAUGAAGAGAGGGAAAUGGACGACCUAUAA